AUGGCAGACAGUGUGGAGUGGACGACGGUGGCCCUACGCGAGGUGCGGAUUCGGGGCAAGAGCUUCCCGGCCAAGGGCGAAGAGGCCCUGCGUCCGGUCCUGCGUUUUGCGCCUGACGGCCGUGUAGACGUGGCGCUCGACGCCGACUUCACCUCCGCCCCACACCUCCUCUCCUUCAACUGGCGCGAUGUGACGGCGUUGGGGCUGAGCUACGCCGCGCCGCCCAAGAGCGAGUUCACGCUCACGCUCGAGCCGCGCAACCCGCUGCCCCACCCCACCCUCCGGCGUGUCCACAUCCUCACCCUCAUCGUGCCCUCGCUGCACAUGCCGCUGCUGGAGGAACAGAUCCAGAACUACAAACUCACGCAACGCCUGCAAGCCGGCAUCCCUAGCUGGAUGGUGCAGAUGCCCUACGAGAAGUACUAUACGAGGCAACUGCGAAACGGCUUCCUGGUGGUCUCCAACAUCAUCCAGAUCAUCCUGGCUGCCACCUUCUCCUACCAACUGUACCUGAGCUUGCCCGGCUGGGUCGCGGAGCUGCAGGACUCACUGGUCGAGACGGUCUAUGACGGCAUCGUCGUCCCGGCGUGGGACUGGGGCUAUGAGCAUCCCUACAUGGGCGGAGCGCUGGCCCUGGGCUUCGUGGUGGCCUUCUGGCCGCUGUUGCUGAUCUGGUGGGUCUUCCUGCUGGGCGGGGCGCUGCUCUUCCGCUUCUCGUUCCUGCUCUACCUGGCCAUCACCUUCAUCGCCUACGUGCCCGCCGUCACCGGCAAUAUCAAGAGCAUGGCCAGGUCCAUCCCGCAGAUCUACUCGGCGUGGGCCUUCGUCAAGGGCCUCCUCUUCCGGUCCCAACAGAACAAGAAGACCCAGUGA